AUGGACCAAUCCAUACAACCCCCAUCAACCGCUACCGAUACCGAUACCAAACCAUCGCGCACCCGCGACGCCGACCAAGACAAGCCCUCCCAGUCCGACAAGUCCCAGGCCGACAAGUUCCAGGCCGACCAGUCCCAGUCCGACAAGUCCCAGGCCGAACCCACAAUGAAUCCGCCACCUCUUCCGCCACAAUACCAAUGCACCACCAGAUGGAAAGGCGCGAGAUGCCAAGGCACUGGCCCGGACAGAAGCAAAUGUCCUACCUGCCGAUGGACAAUCCACAGGAACGACACAUAUCGAUAG